CUGGGCUGAUGAGACCGCCUCGAGGAGCAUGGCUCGCGUCACCAUGGAAGCGCUCAGUUUGCGACAUGUAUUCGCCAUUUUGCUUUCUCGGUGCGUGUGUGUGCGUGUGUGUAUAUGUGUGUGUGCGUGUGUAUGUGUGGGCUCCCCUCUCUGAGAAUACCUCAGUAGCCUUCUAACGUUCAACACUUCAGACGCCAGCUGAAACAACCGAGGAAAAUGUCUGCACUGAGAGAACUGUAGCUGCCGCAGCAUGACACCGACAUUUGGACGACGUAACAUGAGAUAAGUCUCGUCGAGCGUCAGCGAAGAGAAGCUGGGGAAUGCAAGCUUGACAUACAUCAGAGUGGUUUUUCCAUCUCCAACCACUCAGGAUGAAAGCACGAUGUAAAGAGGAGGGAUACUAUUGUCCUCACAGGAUUGCUUCUUCGGAUUCUCGAAUGUGACCACAUCCACAAUACCAUCAAUAAUGAUACCUGGAUUGAUCUCCCAGGAGUUACAUGAGCAACUUCUGGACCCAAAGAAUUACCAAAAUCGCACAAAUGGGGUGGAAGAGCUCAAACACAUCCUCUCAGAAGUGGACAUGAAAACAGUCCCAUCUGGCAGUAUCAAGGAGUUCAUCAAUUUUCUUCCACAACUUCUGGAUGACAGUAAUUUCAAAGUAUUGUACGGCACCUUACAAGUUUUAAACUUACUCAUUCAGAAGCUAGAUACUAUGGGUGUAGACAGAUAUUUCAAACCCAUAGUCUUAGUGGCUCUGAAAGCUCUAGGGGACACACGCACCAUCACCAGAAAUGAGUACAUGAAUGUGUUUCGACAGCUGAUGAAAAACGUUGCACCACAACGAAUAUUGGACCUUGUCACUGGCAACUUGAAACACAAGAAUUCAAGAGUCCGGGAAGAUGUCCUUAACAUCAUCAUGGCAGCUAUGCUCACUCAUCCUCGGAAAGAUUUCAACAUCCCCAAGCUUUGUUUUGAGGUUGCACCGUACUUGGCAGACAGCAAAAGGAAGGUUCGCCAUGCCACCCUUGAACUGUUUGCAGUUUUUGACUAUUGCCUUGACACAGGGAAAAAGCAGCCUCUAAUGAAAGCUGUGGACAUGGUUGAACUGAACGAGGAUGCAGAGGGUCUUAUGGCAGCUGUACAGGCGAGACGAGCAAGACACGUCCUACCUAAACUCUCCUCAGAGGGAGAAGUGGAGUAUGGCUUGGUGGUGCCCAAACCAGGACAGCGGUGCUCCCUGCAGUAUGGUUCUGGAGCUGAUUUGGACUGGGUGAUGAAUGGAGGGCGGGUAAGCAGUGCUAGGAGCCACAGAACUGAACCAGACUGCGACCGAUGGUAUGGCUAUGGUAGCCUGGGCUCGCUCACUGAUGAUCUUCCACUUCAAAGGAGGAUUGUCAGCGCUGGUAAAGGGAAGAACAAACUGCCGUGGGAGAUGUCGAGCUUCUCAUCCACUGAGAAUGACCAGCAGUGCAGCACCCCUAAUGGAAAGUGCUCUAAACAGGUGGCCAGUGAUGAUUUCCUCCCCCUAUCCAGGAAGCUGAGUCCAGAGACCUACAUACCCAGUUUCAGUUCUGCAGAGUCUCCGAAGCCAAAAUCCUCCCAGAGGAGGGCGUCCCCUACACGCCUCAGAAGAAGUGGAAGCCUCAACUUGGAUCCCGACAUCUUUAAAUCCACUAACUUCUCUGACCUAGAUGUUGUGGCACCCAAAGGACGCAUGCUCUCAAGGAACCCCAGUGUUGAGCGGACAUUUUCCCUCCCCUCGAACCCCACCACAUCUGGCUCCUUUCUGCUGCCCUCCUAUCCACUGGCUACACUCCCAGGAGGCAUGCUCACUCCGACACUGUCCCGUCGUCAUGUUGACUCAUCCCUCUCUAUGUCCAACACCUGGCCCAACAAAAGAGAGAGCAGUCCUCACCAGCAAGACACCAGCCCCUGGAGAGAAACAACAGGCACAGCAAAGGGAGACCAGCUCUCUAGCAGAUGCUCUCCCCGGCCACUUCGUGCCUCCCUCGUGAGUUCUUCUUCCACUUCAUCGUUUCGUCGGGCUCUGAGCAGCACCAGGGCAACCCUGUCUAUCUCGCCUGUUGUCCCUACAGCAGAGCAGGUCCAGUCCCAUAAUGGCCUGAGGUCCAACGCUCCAGGCAGCCCUCAGAAUCAGCUAGAUAGGAGCCUUAAUCUGGACACUGAUGGCAUCAGCAUGGUGCAAGAUCCUCAAGAAGAAGAUCCUCUGGACAUGCAGGAGAUGCUAAACUCCCUGCGCUCUUUGCGCAACAGCGCUGCCAAGAAGAGGGCAAAAGUCAGCCUUAGCAGUUCAGAUCCAGAUCCAGACAGCCCUGACUCAGCUGUGAGGCUGGACCUGGGUCUGGAUUCACCACCACACACUUCUCCAAUGACUGCUAGCUCAGCCAGCGAAAGUGGUCUUUCCAGUCUGAGCUCAGUUGCAAACUUAAGCUUCAAUGGCAUCAAAACCAGCAGCCCUGGAAAUUCAGCCACUUCAGGAAUGAAACCUCGCAUUGCAAGAGUGCCUUCUGCAAAACUGAGGUCUUCUAUGUCCAUGGACUUCAUUAGCCCUCAAGGGGUGUCUCAGAGAAACGAGCUGUCAUAUGACGUAGGUGUUGUUGGGCAGAGAGUCACUUAUUCCAAUGGAACUAUAAAAACUGAGGAAGAGACAACAGGGCCGUCUCCUCCAUUGGUCAAACCAGCCCUCCGGGAAUCAGUCAGAGCUCUGAAACCUCCCAAAGGAUCUCAGAGCCAAGGCAGCAGGAGCUCACCAGCCACAGAUAUGCCUGAAGGAGUCAUUGGAAGAGGUAUGUUUGGCAACGGCAUGUCCUCCAGCAGUCCUGGAGCCGCCUUGUCACUUGAGCAGGGUGAUUCUGUAGCCAAACCCCCCCACGCUCCCCCAGCAGGCAUCUACAGCCGUGCUCUGUCUGGCAGUCACAGAGACAGUGAUGACAGCCCGUGUCCUGAUGAGAUUAAGCAGAGGGUGAAGAAUUCGAGGUUUGGCCAGGAUAAAACACGGUUGCAGUGUCUGGAACAGCAAGAGGGGCAGUUCAGUCAAGGGGACCACACGCGGGAGAACAUUCGCCACCGGGUCAGACAGAUGCUGUCUGACUCACCCACAGAAGAAAACAGAGCAUUAAUCAUCAAAGAUCUGCAUCUGAACGGUAGCACACUGACCUCCACUAAAGCAGACCUUCUCUCUGAUGAGUCCCCUAUCAGCCCCAACAGCCCUGUCAGCCCACCUGGACCACAAAGCCCCACCAAGUGCUUCACUCCGCCCCACCAGCCGAGCCCCCCCACAGUGCCCCCAAACCCCAAAAACAUGUCCCGUCUCAGAAGGGCCCCUAGCCUCAGCAGAACCCGACCAUCGCUGUCCCACAGCUCAGAUGAGCUGUCCCCUGGUACUAUGGGUCGCAAGAAAAACCUCUCAGAGCCUCUGGAGCUGUGUCCAUUCCCCAAGCCUGACCUGGCACUGACACAGAGCUUUAACCUGCUUAGCUCUGAAGACUGGGAGAAGAAGAUCGAGGGUCUGACGUUCAUGCGCAGUCUGGCUCACUACCACUCAGACACACUACAGGGCCGCCUGCAUGAUGUCUGCCUGUCUCUCAUUCAAGAGGUGAAGAACCUGCGGUCAGGUGUGUCCAGGGUUGCAGUGUGUACAUUGGGGGACUUGUACACCCACCUGCAGAAGGCGAUGGACCAGGAGCUGGAGGGGACAGUUAAAGCUUUACUGCAGAAGGCAGGGGAGAGCAACGCUUUCAUCAGGCAGGAUGUGGAUGCAGCACUGGACUGCAUGGUGCAGCACUGCACACCUACACGCAGCAUCGGCGCUCUACUCUCUGGAGGACUCAGUCACCUCAAUGCAGUGGUAAGAAAAUGCACUGCUCAACAUCUUGCUAAUCUGGUGGACAAGGUCGGUGCUGUCCGUCUUCUGUCUGGAGGUAAAGAUCUCACUGAUAGAAUCUUACCUGCCGUCACCAAACUCGCACAAGACUCCUCACAGGAAGCCAGGUACUUUGGUCGUCGAAUGUUGCUGUCCCUGUCAUCCCACCCUGACUUUGACAAGAUCCUGGAGAAGUAUAUCCCCACCAAAGACCUGCCGACUGUUAGAGACACUGUCUUCACUCUCAAGACAAAGGGUCUUGGUGAGAUGCCCCAGGACACACAGUCAGCCAGGGGUAGACGCUCCCUCCCAGGCAGUGGUACAGUCAGAGCGUCAUCUCUCACCAGGGAGCCACUCAAUCAGACCAACAGGGAUUCUAAUAGCAAUUAUAGCUGCAGAUCUCAGACACAGAGUAUUGCAGACAAGAAUGAGUACAUCAAGCAGAUCUCAGGUCUGCUGGGUUCAAAGGACUUCAAAGAAAGGAUCAAGGGAAUCGACCAGCUCACAGCUGACUGCCAGCACAACCCCAACAUUGUCAUCAAUAGUAUUUUCCCGGUGUUUGAUGCCUUCAAGGCCAGGCUGCAGGAAUCCAACAGCAAAGUCAACCUGUAUGCCCUUGAGUCUCUACAGAAAAUCAUUCACUUUUUGAAAGACAACCUGUCGCAAGUGGUUAACAUCCUGGUCCCAGCAAUUGUUGACAAUCACCUCAACUCCAAGAACAACGCUAUCUACUCUGCUGCUAUUGGAGCUAUUGAUGCACUUAUUUCAAAUCUUGAUCACAUACUUCUUCUUCAGCCAUUCUGCACCAAGGCUCAGUUUUUAAAUGGCAAAGCAAAGGUCGAUCUUAUCGAAAAGGUUGCAGAUCUUGUGAAACAGCUCUACCCGCGCAAGCCCCAGAUGGUUGAACAGAAAGUGCUGCCUUUGCUGUGGCAUCUCCUGGGCACCUCUACCCACAGUGGUACCAUCCAUGGCCGGGGCGGCAGUGUGAGGGGUGCUACCGCCAACCUGUGCCAAGCCCUUUACGCCCACAUGGGGCCCAGCCUGAUCGACUACGCUGCUUCCCAGCCUGCCAAUGUCCACAAAGAUUUAAAUGAGAUGCUAAGGACUAAAUCCAAACACAUAGAAUAUGUUGGAAGAGAAGAACAUUAAUACUGACCUUACUUGAAGACAGAGAUGUUCUACAUUUCUUAUAGUGCCUGCACUUUUAUAUCAAUAAAGAGAAAGUCCUUGAGGAUUAGGAGCUCUUAUUCUUAUCUCAGUGAGAUUUCCUCUGGUACAGAAGCAUGGACAGUUCUAACAUACUGACAUCAGGUCUUACACACACACUCAACCUGCUCUCUUUGCACUUUGAAAUGGUAGCUCAUUAUGAUCGACUCAAUGAGUUUUACAUUUCAUCCCAUGAUUGUCAUUGUUUUUUUUCAUGAUCUAAACAUGUACUGUAGACAAAUCAGAGACACAAUUGCAGAAUGUAAAACAGAAAUGCACAAAAAGACGAGGAAGACAGGGACCUGAGAAGUGUAUAUUUUUGCUGUUUCAUCAAAUGUGAUGUGGCAUUUUCAAAAUAUUUGAUGUAAAUGUUUUGAAGAUUUGUGAAAUGAUAUUAACAUAAAUAGUACACAAUACUUUUGUACAGCUCAAAUGUGUAUUUGCACAGUAUUAGCUUCACCUGUAAUCGUAUGCUGUAUGAUGGUACAGUUUAUAAUUUAUCUAUUGUGUACUGGUUUGAAAGUUCUGUCAAUGAUUAUAAUGUGCUGAGCUGGUACUGUCUUUUUUUUUUUUGCAUGACCAAAAUUUACUGGCAGGAUCAAAAUUGUGUAUAUUUUUGUAAAGGAGAUAUAUAUGUACACUGAUGCCUAGAUCAUGGUCAGGUUUGCACCAGUUCUCCUUGAUGAGGACAGCAUGAAAGGAAGAGCUGUGGAGCUUUAUUCUGACAGUUGCCUGAGAAAUAGUGAGGACCUGGAUCUGAUUGCGUCUCAGUAUAGUGCCAGUCUUCAAGUAGCCUUUUAACUCAUUUAUUGUUAAAUUAUAUUGAACUUGUUUGUGAACAAGAUCAAAGACAGAUUGAUAUAUGAAUAAAGUGUUUUAUUUCUGUAAAA